UUGCGACAGAGGCUCUGCAAAAGUAUUACAAGGAGGUUACGAUCAAAUUCAAGCUUGAUUCUACGGCGUCCAUUUGGGGCUUCCUCCAUCAGGAUGUUUUUGCCCUCGGUGUCGUUCCUAGGACAUUCGUUCGGCGGUUUUAGAUACAAGAUCAUCCCAUGGCGGGCAACAAAUAUAUCACAAUACCUGCCAGUCUUGCCGCUACACAGUUGUUGAGCAACGCUUUCUAUGAAAAAGAAUGCACCAAAACAUGGGAGACCGACUGGAGAACACACGACCACGUCAGAUAUGCUCUAGAGAAGAUUACCCAGCUGGAUCAAAAGAUAGAGCUUACAGUGGACAUCAUUUUAUACUGUGCCCCCGAACUGAGGCACCUUUCCGCUGCCUUGUUCGGCUUCGCGAGAAAGGGUGGAAGCUCAACAUCAUCGUUGGAAGGGUAACUUACGAGGGCUCGGCUCAGCAAGAUAUAGCUUGCUACUUUGACAAACCCACGGCUACGGAUCGAAAAUCAGCUAAGGCAAAUUUUUUCAAUAAAAUCCCUGACUUGAUCUCUGAUCCCCUGGUGCCUUCCAGUCACAACUUGCUCCAAUCUUGGUACCGCAUUCAACUUCACGAUCAUUACAAGGUCUAUAAAAUGACGCAGAGCGAUGCGCGAACAAGCUUUCCGCCUGAAAUGAUGGAACUUCCAGAUGUGGACGACGAGAGGUGGCCUGACUUCUGUAGGCGAAUAGUCUAUGAAGAGAAGGAAGUAGCAACGGCGAAAGCGUGUGUGCGGUGGAAAGAGAAUGAGAAAACACCGGCGUAUCAGAGGACUAUUGAUACACAAAAAGCUUUCAGGGAGAUAAAGAAACGAGCUGAUCUACUGGGACGACGUCGGGCAUAUUUGAGAUCGAGCGACAGCAUUGACAGCAUCGACAACAACUACCUUUCGACGUUGAAUGAGUCGCAGAGAAGUGAGUAUCUGGGCAAGUGGGGCAGGGACGUGAGGCGAAUUAGAAGGGAGUUGGCGAGCAUACCAAAGGACAUAGGAUGGCAAUCCGUAUAGCGCAUGAUGAAGUCGUCGCCCUAGAACAAGAGUCGUCGAGGGAGAGGGAGAAAGAGAGGCAGGAAGGUUUGUCAUUGCUUGGGGUGCCUCAAUAAGCUCUUGAAAUCUAGACACGAUGU